AUGGCGAAGAUCGUGAUUAUCGGUGCGGGCUUUGCUGGCGUCUGGAGUGCCCUUUCAGCCAAGCGUCUGGCAACCCUUGUGAACAAGCAAAGCAGCUUGGAGAUCCAAGUCAUCGCUCCAGAGCCAUCCUUGGUCAUGCGUCCACGACUCUACGAAGCCAAGCCAUCCGAGAUGACGCACUCUCUUGGUCCUCUCUUCGAGGAAGCAGGUAUUACCUUUUUCCAGGGCAUCGCCCAGGCAAUUGAUACCCAAACCAACACGAUUCAUGUUCGAUCCCUCGAAGGGGGUGAAUCAACAGUCACAUAUGACCGUUUGGUUCUAGCCGCCGGUAGCUCCGUCAUGCACCCCCGUGGAAUCACCGGCAUUGAACAGAACGCCUUCGACAUCGAUUCCUUGGCGUCUUCUGAGAAACUAGAUGCCCACCUCCAGAGCCUGACUACCCUUCCGGCAAGCCCAUCACAUAAUACGAUCGUCGUAUGCGGUGCAGGGUUCACAGGCAUCGAAGCCGCAGCGGAGCUACCUAAAAGACUUGGUCAUAUGCCAAACGUCCGUGUCAUCUUGGUCAGUGGUGCCGACCAGAUCGGUCCUGACUUUGCCCCGAGUUCUCGCUCUGUUAUCACGCAAGCUUUGACCGAGCUCGGAGUUGAGCUGAAGCUUGGAUCUGCCGUCACAGCCAUCGACGCGGACGGCGUAACCCUUGCAUCUGGGGAAUGUAUCCCAGCAAAGACUGCAAUUUGGACAGCAGGCGUUCGGGCUACACCUUUGACACAGCAGAUUCCCGGUGAGAAGGACAACCUCAACCGCCUUCGUGUCAAUCAGCAUCUGCGUGUGCCAUCGGCCAAUGAUGUGUUCGCUACUGGUGAUGCGGCUUGUGUUUUUGCUGAUACAGAGGGACAGCAUUAUGCAUUGAUGAGCUGCCAGCACGCUCUCUCACUGGGUCGUGUGUCGGGACAUAAUGUUGCGGCGGAUCUCCUCGGGGAACCUUUGGUGGAUUAUCAACAGGCUGCGUAUAAUUGCUGUCUAGACCUUGGUGACUGGGGUGCUGUUAUCUCUGCGGGUUGGGAUAGGGAGCUUAAUAUCUCCGGGGCUGAGGCAAAGAAAGUCAAGUGCUUCAUCAAUCAGAGAUUGAUCUAUCCACCUGGUGACGUGGAGCAGGCGCUAGCCCAAGCAAACCCGAUCUUGCCAGACUCUGACGAGCUAUUUAGACAGGUGCAGGAAGCUGUGGCAUAA